GAGAGAGAGAGAGAGAGCACGCUCUGUGUGUGCGCGCGCAUACGAACCGGAGAGAAAGCGCAUGCACGAGAGUGAGUGUAUGAAUGUGAAUGUGUGUGCGUGUGUAUGUGUGUGUAUGUGUGUGUGUGUGUGUGUGUGUGAAAAAAGGAAGCGGUGUGUGUAAGCGCUGAACUCGGUGAUUUCCUCGCCUUCAUCCCCCCAGCCCCGCCGCUACAUUUCGGACCGGAAUGACCGGGGUGAGACGGAUCCUGGUCGGUCUCGGAUUGAUCGGGUGAUUUACAGCGAGCGAUCGGGGAUCUCGGGCUUUUGUUCCGCCGCUGUUGCUCUCUUCUCAUCCGCAUGUAGGAUAAAGUGGCUGCUCAACCGCGCUCAGCUCCGGCUCCUGGAUCCUGGAUCCGAGCCCGACCCGAGUUUGGCUCGAUCUGCUCGAAAAUCCCGGAUUAUUUACGGUCCGAGUGGGUUUGAAGCGGUUAUCGGAACUUGGAGACCACCAGCCUGGCGGGCGCUCCUGAAACCCUGGGGUUAUUGGUGUGGCCACAUUUUCCCUGGAUUUGAUUGGUAAAUUCAGAAGACUGAAGCCCAGGCUCACAGUCUACCUUUCACGGAGGCCCAGCCGUGAGAGGACAGAAGAAGGCACGUGGCGAAUCAUGACCGCCGACAAAGAGAAAGACAAGGAGCGGGAGCGCGACAGGGAGCGGGAACGGCGCGACAAGACGCGAGAGAGCGAGAGCUCGCGGCCGCGGCGCAGCUGCACACUGGAGGGCGGCGCCAAGAACUACGCAGAGAGCGAGCACAGCGAGGACGAGGAGAACGAAGGGGCCGGCGGCGCCGCCGCUCCCGAGGAGGCCACCAAAAAGGGCAAGAAGAAGCUACCUAAGAAGAAGUCGCGCUAUGAGCGGACCGAGACCGGCGACAUCACUUCCUUCGUCACGGAGGACGACAUUGUUUACAGGCCUGGUGAUUGUGUGUAUAUAGAAAGCCGCCGGCCCAACACACCCUACUUCAUCUGUAGCAUUCAGGACUUUAAACUGAGUAAACGGGACCAUCUGUUAAUGAGCGUGAAAUGGUACUACCGCCAGUCCGAGGUACCCGACUCUGUCUACCAGCACCUCGUACAAGACCGCAACAAUGAGAAUGACUCUGGACGGGAGCUGGUCAUCACCGACCCUGUGGUAAAAAGCAGAGAGCUCUUCAUCUCCGACUACGUGGACACCUACCACACUGCGGCCCUCAGGGGGAAAUGUAACAUAGCCCACUUCUCAGACAUUUUCGCCGCCAAGGAGUUCAAACCUCAAAUCGACUCAUUUUUCUACAUUUUAGGAUAUAACCCUGAAACUAGGCGGUUAAACAGCACUCAAGGGGAGAUUCGAGUCGGUCCCAGUCACCAGGCCAAGCUCCCCGAUCUGCAGCCCUUCCCCUCUCCUGGAGGCCAAGUGACUGAGAAUGAGGAGCUGGUCUGGAUGCCCGGGGUCAACGACUGUGACCUGCUUAUGUACCUGCGGGCAGCCAGGAGCAUGGCAGCAUUCGCUGGGAUGUGCGAUGGAGGCUCGACGGAGGACGGCUGUCUCGCUGCCUCAAGAGAUGACACUACACUUAAUGCAUUAAACACUCUACACGAAAGCAGCUACGACGCGGGGAAGGCCCUGCAGCGGCUGGUGAAGAAGCCGGUCCCAAAGCUCAUAGAAAAGUGCUGGUCCGAAGAUGAAGUGAAACGGUUCAUAAAAGGGCUUCGACAAUACGGCAAGAACUUUUUCAGGAUUCGUAAAGAGCUGCUACCUAACAAGGAAACAGGAGAGCUGAUCACCUUUUACUAUUACUGGAAGAAAACCCCAGAAGCUGCUAGCUCCCGAGCCCACCGCCGGCACCGGAGACAACCUGUCUUCCGCCGAAUCAAGACCCGCACAGCCACCACGCCUGUCAACACUCCCUCCCGGCCGCCUUCCAGCGAGUUUUUGGAUCUAAGCUCUGCCAGCGAGGAUGACUUUGAUAGUGAGGACAGCGAGCAGGAACUGAAGGGCUACGCCUGCCGCCACUGCUUCACUACCACCUCUAAGGACUGGCAUCACGGGGGACGGGAGAAUAUCCUGCUGUGCACAGACUGCCGAAUCCAUUUUAAGAAGUACGGUGAGCUACCACCUAUCGAGAAGCCUGUGGACCCACCUCCUUUUAUGUUUAAACCUGUCAAAGAGGAAGAUGAUGGACUUGGUGGGAAGCAUAGCAUGAGGACCCGACGGAACCGUGGGCCGAUGUCAACGUUAAGAAGUGGCCGGAAGAAGCAGACAGCCAGCCCAGAUGGCCGAGCCUCACCAAUCAAUGAGGACUUGCGAUCGAGUGGUCGUACCUCUCCCAGCGCAGCCAGCACCUCCAGCACUGACAGCAAAAUGGACUCUGUGAAGAAACCCACUAAGAAGAUAGAAGAGGAGGCCCCGUCUCCUUUGAAGAGUGCCAAACGUCAGAGAGAGAAGGGAUCCUCAGACACAGAGGAGCCUGAAAGAGUCAGUGCUAAAAAGUCAAAGACUCAGGAGCUGAGUCGACCCAACUCCCCCUCAGAGUGUGAGGGAGAGGGCGAGGCAGAGAGCUCAGAUGGUCGCAGCGUGAAUGACGAUGGCAGCGACCCCAAGGACAUCGACCAGGACAACCGCAGUUCGUCUCCCAGCAUUCCAAGCCCACGUGACAAUGAAAGUGACUCAGAUUCAUCAGCGCAGCAGCAAGUCCUUCAGGGCCAGCACCCUCCUGUUAUCCAGUGCCAGACAGGCCCUUUACCCCCUGCACCCUUGUCUUCUGCCACAGCAGCCCCCACACCCCCUACGUCAAGCGCUGCUCCGCUCUCUUCCCAAGUGUCUCCGUCUGUGCCCACAACACCCAUCCCUCCUUCGACAGGUCCGCUUUCUCACAUCCAGUCUGGAGCAGCACUUCAUCCUCAGAGACUCCCCUCUCCCCACUCACCCAUGCAGGGUAUUUCUCAAAUCCCAGUGCCCUCGCAGAGCGGCCCGCAACCUCUGCAGCCUUCACUUCACGGCCCUAUGCCACCGAUAGGCCAUCCUCACAUGCCUCAUCCUCACUCCUCUUCCAUACCUCCACAGAACUUCCCUCUCGCUCAGUCUCAGGUUCCUUCAUCCCCAGUUUCAUCCCAGUCACAGUCUUCCUCACUGUCCCAACAGCAGCAACGACCUCACACUCCACCUUCGCAGUCCUCCUCCUCUCAAAGUGCCACUCAGCCACCUCGAGAGCAGCCAUUGCCCCCAGCACCCAUGCCCAUGCCUCACAUCAAGCCUCCUCCCACCACCCCCAUCCCUCAAAUGCAGAACCCUCAAACACACAAGCAUCCUCCGCACUUGUCAGCACCACAGUUUCCUCAGAAGCCACCCAACCUGCCCCCUCUGCCUGCCCUGAAGCCCCUCAGUUCACUGUCCACACACCAUACGCCCUCAGCCCACCCACCGCCACUGCAGCCCAUGCCUCAGCAGCUGCAGCUUCCAGCCACCCAGCCUCCUGUUCUCACACAGUCUCAGAACCACGUGCCUCCUCCAGCUCCACCUCUCCCCUCGGCAUCUACUGCCUCUUCACACUCAGCAUCUUCACAGCCACCCUUUCCUCCUCAUCCUUUCAUCCCAGGUGGCUCAGCUGCUCUCCCACCCUCCUCAGUUCCUCCAUCCGUGGCAGGAUCAUUGUCUGGACUGCAGCAGCCCCAGUCAUCCAUCUCCAUGCCCCUGCCAGCUUCCGUCAGUGUGCCCUGCCCAGGACCUUCCACCAUGCCCACUGUGCAGAUUAAAGAAGAGCCUCUGGAUGAGGUGGAGGAGCCCGAAAGCCCCCCAUCACCAGAGAGGGGCCCUUCACCAGUGCCCACCAUCGUCAACACGGCCAGCCAUGCCAGCCAAUCCGCACGGUUCUAUAAGUACCUGGAUCGAGGCUACAACACGUGUGCAAGAACUGACUUCUACUUUACUCCACUUCCAUCAUCCAAGCUGGCUAAGAAACGUGAAGAAGUGUUGGAGAAGGCUAAGAGAGAAGCAGAGCAGAAAGCACGAGAGGAAAAAGAAAAGGAAAGGGAACGAGAAAAGGAGAGGGAGCGGGAAAGGGAACGCGAAAAGGAGGCUGAGAGAGCUGCUAAAUCAUCCAGCUCUUCACACGAAUGCAGGCUGGGUGAUCCUCCAAUGGCUUGCCAUGCUCAUAUGCGACCGCACUUUGAUGCCCCUCCGACCACCAUUGCCGCCGUCUCACCCUACAUCGGCCCGGACACGCCAGCUUUGCGCACUCUAAGCGAGUACGCACGACCCCACGUCAUGUCCCCCACCAAUCGCAACCACCCGUUCUUCAUGCCUUUGAACCCCGGAGAGCCGCUGCUGGCCUACCACAUGCAAGGAUUAUACAACGUCGACCCCAGCAUGCGCGAGCGGGAGCUGAGAGAGCGGGAGAUGCGCGAGCGGGAGAUCCGUGAGAGAGAGCUCAGGGAGAGGAUGAAGCCUGGGUUUGAGGUUAAACCAGCUGACCUGGAAAGUCUGCACCCUUCAGCCAACCCCAUGGAGCACUUUGCACGUCACGGCCCUAUCGGUUUACCCCCCAUGGCGGGACACCCGUUCGCCUCUUUUCACCCAGGACUGAACCCGUUAGAGCGUGAGCGCCUGGCACUUGGGGGCCCUCAGCUGCGGCCCGAUAUAGCCUACCCGGACCGGCUGGUCGCUGAGCGCCUGCACGAAAGGAUGGCCAAUGACCCUAUCGCCAGACUACAGAUGUUCAACGUGACGCCACAUCAUCACCAGCAUUCGCAUAUCCACUCGCACCUACACCUACACCAGCAGGACCCACUGCACCAAGGUGGUGGUGAAUGUCUUGUGUGUCCACCAGGUUCUGGGGCUCAUCCACUAGCCGUUGACCCGCUGGCUGCCGGACCCCACCUGGCACGCUUCCCGUACCCGCCCGGAGCCAUCCCUAACGCGCUGCUCGGCCAACCGCCACACGAACAUGAAAUGCUGCGCCACCCUGUGUUCGGUACACCAUACCCGCGAGAUUUGCCUGGCGGAUUACCUCCACCAAUGUCUGCAGCACACCAGCUACAGGCUAUGCACGCUCAGUCUGCAGAGCUGCAGAGACUGGCAAUGGAGCAGCAGUGGCUGCACGGCCACCAUCACAUGCACGGAGGCCCACUGCCUGGACAGGAAGACUACUACAGUCGGUUGAAGAAGGAGAGUGAUAAGCAGCUGUGAUCAUUUAGAGGGAUGUGACGUUACAGAGGUCAGCAGGACACAGGAAGUCGAGCCAAAACAGUCACUGACAGGAACUUGUGUGCCCUUGGAACAUUUGAAAUAAAAGACCAGAACAAGGACCAUCUUAUUUUCUUUUUUUUUCUUUUUUUUACUCUAAGACUUUUUUUUCCCUAAGACAUUGACUUCAUUUUUGGUAUAGCGUGCAAGUAGUGACAACGUCCUCAAGACUGAUUGUGACUUUCCUGCAUGAACAUCCUCUGAGAAGCUUCCCUGACAUUUUUUGUAGGUGCUAGAAUACCAGACACUUUGUCACUGUGCUUAUUCAAAAAGGUGGAAAAGGAGCAUUCGGGCCAUUAUAUCUGAAAAGUGCUAUCUUAAAUUUAAUGUUUAUUUUAAUACAUUGUAGGACGUUUUUCAUAAUUUUACGAAAAGCUACAGCAUGGCAUUUUUGAGUCUGUAAAUAGUAUAUAUAAAUAUAUAUAUACAUAUGAUUAUUGUUAUUAUUAUUAAUAGGUGUGGAAUCCUGACACAUCGUUAGACCUCCAGUAAAAUAGUCCUGAAGCAUCAGCCCUUGUUUCAGAGGGGAACAUUAUUUGAGCAGGUAGCCUUUUUCGGUGGUUGCGGCCCAUAAACAGGGUCACUAAGAGAGUGGUACCAGAUUUCUAUCCACAAACACCUUAGCUGAAUGCUCAAGUUGAGCUGCUUUCUGUUUUAUGGACUCACACACACACACACACAAACCCGCUCAUGUCAUGACCAUGUUCAUUUUUUUUUAUUGUUUUCAGUGGUUGGAUUCGAAAUGUGGCACACAUGUGCACUGAUGAUGACACGAAAUAAUUGCACUGAAUAAAACCAGAUAAUAUUUUAAA